AUGGUUAGGACCUACGGUUCCAACCCGCCUAUUCAAGAGUCGAACUUCAGCGGUAAUCUCAAGGAUCCGUUUGUUUCUCCCGGGAACUCACAUCCACGAUCUUUCCAACAAGUGCAAUCGGAGGAUUUGGAAAUAGUGCCUCUUCAAGACGGCAAUCAUCAAUCUGAUCAUCAGUGCCUAUGCAGCAAUGCACUACCGCAACAUCACAUGCCAUUUCACUCACCUUACGUUGAUCCAAUCGGCUCAAUCAUCGGUUUGCGUGUACUUUGUUCGGAUGGAAAAUUAUGCUAUGUACCGAUAGAACCAGAGCUGAACUACUUGAUCAAUCAACAAUUUGGGGUUCGUUGGGAUUUUUUCCAUUCGUUUUACUCUUUAAAGUAG